AUGUUCUAUAGUGAUGUCAUCCUCGCAAAGCGCGGGCCGCUCGCAAGAGUCUGGCUCGCUGCGCACUGGGAGCGCAAGCUCAGCAAAACGCAGUUCCUCCAAACCAGCAUCGAAAAGAGUGUCAGCGCCAUCAUCCGUCAAGAGGUUAUCCCCAUGGCACUUCGUCUCUCCGGUCAGCUUUUGCUCGGUGUCGUCCGCAUCUAUUCGCGCAAAGCCAAGUAUCUCCUCGAGGACUGCAAUGAAGCUCUGCUCAAGAUCAAGAUGGCUUUCCGUUCCGGCGCCGUCGACAUGACCAGCGAUCAGCUCAACAUCUCCCGAAACGCCAUCACCUUGCCAGAUAUCCGCACCGACCUCGACAUUUUGCUCCCAGACCAGGCCAUGAACGACCUUGACGUCGAUUUCGAAAGACUUGCUGCCAAGAAGGCAAAGAAGCUCGCCGAUAAUCCCACCGCCUACACUGCCCGUGCAUCCGACAUCACACUUCCUACAGUAGACUACAGCGCAUUUGAUGACACCUUUGACGUCUCUUCCGGCAUCGACGGCAUCGCUUCACAAGAUUUUGACCCUGAUGGUGGACUUGAUCUCGGUCUUGAAGAUGACUUGCCCGAUGUCGAGGGGCGCAGAAAUGAAGCAGGUCAGCUUGUUGACGAGAAUGGUGAUCCUCUGCCCGAAGAUGAUUCGCUCCGCAUCGGUGUUGGUCGUGACGCUCCAAGCGAGGCCGGCCGUCAAUCGGUCGCAUCCAUGCUCAACCUCGGUAUGGACAACGACAUCACACUAGGCUCAGCUGGUGGCUCUCAAGCUCCUAGCAUCGGCGUUCCUGACUUCGACCUCGGUGGUGAAGGUCUUGAUCUCGGUCUGGACCUUGGACUUAACGCACCUAUGGACCUCGACCGAGCAGUGACUCCCCUUCCAGGCGACAACGGCAUGGCACUCGCAAUGGCCGACAUGACACCCACCACAGCCGCUCGUAUCCGCGACGCAGCUCAGCAGCGCCAACAGGAUGAAGCAGCAACCCGUCAAGCCAAAGCACGAAAGCAGGUUGUCGACGAUCUCACCGAACUCCCCGAAAGCCAGCUCGGCGGUCUCAGCCAAGGCCUCAGCCAGGGCAGUGCCAGUCAAGCCGCCAACCUCGCAGACAUCCUCACUGAAGAACGAUACCUUCCUCGCUCACGUGCUUACCUUCGACUCCUCAGCAUCCGCGAAGACCCCUUUGCCCACUUCAUGCCAUUCGCCGACCCGUCGAACAAGGACAAGGGCUCUCUCUUCAUCGGUCCCAACGGACUUGCUUCCGAGCUUAGCGAGCUGUUCACUUUCGACCUGAGUGCGAUGCGACGUCGUCGUGCAGCAGCGCUCACGGAAGAAGAUGGAUCCAACAAGCGUGCUCGUCUAGGUGCUGAUGACGAGGACGACUUUGAAAUGGGUACCGGUCGACGCGCGCAGCAGGGCCGAGAAUCGCUCGGGUUCAGAGACAUGGACACCGAUCAAACCGGCUUUGACUUUAGCAUGGGCGGUGAUCAAGGCUUUGACAUGCCCGGUAUGGACACCUCUAUGGGCCUUGAUCUCGGCGAUGAUGGGUUGCGACGAUCCACUCGCAAGUCUCGUGCUGAGCUGGAGGCGGAAGAAGCAGCCAACGAGACCGGUCGUUUGCCUGCUCUCUCUCGUCUCUCUACACCUGAUAUCGAUGAUGGAGGAUUAGACUCUCCCGCCGUCAGCUCCUCCAACCCUUUGGCAGUAUUCGACGUUCGACCAGCAGAAGAAUCACAAUCAGCUGCCAACGAAGAAGCAGCCUCCGUCCUCCGCGCAUCCGAAGACGCAGAAGCAUCUACACAAGGGUGGGCCAAAUCCACCGUCCGUGCCCUUCGCGUUGUUCGUUCUCAACUCUCCACCACCCCUGCUGCCGCUUCUACGGAAGAUGAACCCACACAAUCUCGAUUCGUAGAGAUCGACGAGGGGACAGGAGAAAAGAAGCUUUCGUUCCAGAAGAUCUCCAACAACGCUUCGAGACGUGCUGCUGCCGGAUUCUUUUUCGAGAUGUUGGUGCUGGGUACAAAAGAUUGCGUUAAGCUGCAACAGGAUGAGGCUUAUGGGGACAUUAAGGUGGCGGCGAAGGAGAGGUUGUGGAAUACCAACGCGGCAGCUUCACAGGUAGCAACAGCACUAGUGCCAGAGCCAAGGACGGCGAUGCAGGCUGAUACCUAA